GAUCGAUCCCAAGUCCGGCUUUGUGAGGCGCGCGGCGACUCUGCGCGCCUGUGGCCGCGGUCCCAGUGCACUCAGGAUGCCCGUGACCGUGGCUUAAGCACGCCGGGAACUCCGCGGGCUGACGGGUCUCUGCGGACUGUUUUGCCUUCCCGAGUCAACGUCCUCUCCGCUAACCCUUCCGCGCCCUUCUCCCGGGCCGCACUGCUCCACAUCACCGCCUCCGGGGCGGAGCUUGAGGGCGCCCGGCGCGGGGCGGGGCCAGCAGGGGGCGCUGCGGCCGUGCGGCCAGGCAGUCGGUGCGCGCCGCCCUCGCCUCCCCCCGAGCUCCCCGCACCCGGCUGAGCAGGCGGCCAGCGCAGAAACGGGUGCUCUGCAGCGGAGCUGGGGCCGGAGCCGGGCCGGGACCAUGGACGGACGUGUUCCCGAUUGGAGGUGAAGCCAUGAGCAGAAAAUAGAACAGACAAUAAUGCUUUUCCGCAGUCGCUUCUUGCUGCUGCUGGCCCUGGCGGGGCUGCUGGCCUUCGUGAGCCUCAGCCUGCAGUUCUUCCACCUGACCCCCGUGUCCACCGCUAAGAAUGGAGUGAGUAGCAAGAGUCGAAAGAGAGUCAUGCCUGAGCCAGUGACAGAGCCCCCCGUGACGGACCCCAUUUACGAAGCUCUCUUGUACUGCAACAUUCCCAGCGUGGCUGAGCGCAGCAUGGAAGGUCACGCCCCGCAUCAUUUUAAGCUGGUCUCAGUGCAUGUGUUCAUUCGACACGGGGACAGGUACCCACUGUAUGUCAUUCCCAAAACGAAGCGACCAGAAAUUGACUGCACUCUGGUGGCUAACAGGAAACCGUAUCACCCUAAACUGGAAGCUUUCGUUAGUCACAUGUCAAAAGGAUCCGGAGCCUCUUUCGAAAGCCCCUUACACUCCCUGCCUCUUUACCCCAAUCACCCACUGUGUGAGAUGGGAGAGCUCACGCAGACAGGAGUCGUGCAGCAUUUGCAGAAUGGCCAGCUGCUGAGGGACAUCUAUCUAAAGAAACACAAACUCCUGCCGAGUGACUGGUCCACAGACCAGCUUUACUUGGAGACCACUGGGAAAAGCCGGACCCUACAAAGUGGGCUGGCCUUGCUUUAUGGCUUUCUCCCCGAUUUUGACUGGAAGAAGAUUCAUUUUAGGCACCAGCCAAGCGCUCUCUUCUGCUCCGGAAACUGCUUUUGCCCCGUGAGAAACCAGUAUCUGGAAAAGGAGCAGCGUCGGCAGUACCUCUUACGUUUGAAAAACAGCCAGCUGGAGAGGACCUACGAGGACAUGGCCAGGAUCGUGGACGUCCCCACCAAGCAGCUUCGAGCUGCCAACCCCAUAGACUCCAUGCUCUGCCGCUUCUGCCACAACGUCAGCUUCCCGUGCACUAGGAAUGGCUGUAUUGACAUGGAGCACUUCAAGGUGAUCAAGACGCAUCAGAUAGAGGACGAGAGAGAGAGGCGGGAGAAGAAGCUUUAUCUGGGCUAUGCGCUCCUGGGCGCCCAUCCCAUCCUCAACCAGACCGUCAGCCGGAUGCAGCGCGCCGCAGAGGGCAGGAGAGAGGAGGUCUUUGCCCUCUACUCUGCUCACGAUGUCACUCUGUCGCCAGUUCUCAGUGCCUUGGGCCUUAUGGAAGCCAGAUUCCCAAGGUUUGCAGCCAGGUUGAUCUUGGAGCUCUGGCAAGACAGAGAAAAGCCCAGUGAGCAUUCUGUCCGGAUUCUUUAUAAUGGUGUCGAUGUCACAUUCCACACCUCUUUUUGCCAGGACCACCGCAAGCAUUCUUCCAAGCCUAUGUGCCCCCUCGAAAACUUCGUCCGAUUUGUCAAAAGGGACAUGUUUGUGGCCCUGGGGAGUAGCGGUAGUACUAAUUAUUAUGAUGCAUGUCACAGGGAGGGAUUCUAAAAGGAAGGCAGUGCGGUGCUGAUAGAAUCUAUGCCAAUACAGACGGAUGGGAAGGGUGCGCUUCUAGUUCUAUCCAUUGCCAAGGGUGUAAGAUUUUUGAUUUAUAAAGGCUAGAAAUCAUGUUGGAGCCACGUAGAUGGUUGGGUUGAACAGGAAGCACAGGAAGCACACUGUUAUAAUCGGGUACGUGAGUCACAGCCAGUUCACAGAGAGAGGAAGGUACUUCCAUCAUAGCCCGACCUUGCUUACGAUGCCAGAAGAAUAUUUCCAUACCCAGAGUUGCCAAUCCACAUGUGUAUUAUUUCGAUCUGACUAUAUGACGGAACCAGCAAACCUCAGCCAAAAUUUUCUUCAAAUGGGAACAUAUUGCCUUGUCCCCGUUCAGCAAAACAUUUCCUGAAGUGAUUUAUCUAAAACAGGGGUUGGCAUAUUUUUUCUGUACGGGGCCAUAUAGUAAAGGUUUUAGACUCUGGGGACCCAGAGGCCACAUACAGUCAUGUGGCAUGAAAGCAACCGUAGACAACAUGUGAACAAAUGAAUGUGUGGCUAUGUUCUCGGCCCAGGGUUGCUGACCCCCAAUCUCAAAAACCCAGGCUCUACUACAUUUGCACUUUCAGCACUUUGAGAACCAGUUGAAUACAAAGAAUUAUUCAGUGGUGCCUCCAGGAACUUCUGCGAGAAACACCGAUUUUGGUCUGUCGCUGGUGUUAUAUAACAAAAAUUGAGGGGACAUAAACAUCAAAUCAGAAUGAAUCACAGAAAAAUCAUUAGGAUAAUACUUGAUGUUCAUAAUGAUUAUGGUAGAAGAUAGUUUUAAGUAUGUUUAAAAUUUUUGUCUGCUGUAGUCUAUUUGCUGUAUAGGCUGAAAUUUUUGUAUUCCAUUUAGUAUUUUUGUAGUCCAGGAAGAUAUUUUCUAAGACCGGUUUUAGAUGUGCUCUUAUUCGUAGGUAAUAUUCGAUUUACCGUACCUGCUUGGUGGUUAGAAGGAAGCCAGAAGCUGAAUUCAGGCACUUUCUUCCAAUAAAACUAAUUAUGGCUCAUUCCCUUUGACAAGCCGUAGAAUUGGAUCAAUUUUUUAAACCGUUUUCAUCAAUUUCAAAUGGUAAAUUCUAAUUGAUUUUUAAAUACGUUUUUCGAAGAACUUUGUUACUAGAUAGUUGAAUAAUCUUUAUAAGAUAUUUUAUAUAUUAGAAGCAAUUGUAAUUAAAUCUGUGGUUUCUGAACUACAAUGGUGCUAGUUCCAUGUGAAGAAAUGUAAAGUGCAAGUGAGAAUCCCCAGUGUUAUUGGCAUUCCAAACUUUUCUCUUUGUUUUUGUCUAAUGUUGCCUUUGGAUACGUCUGUUUCUAUAAAUAAAUUUUUGAAGAAUAGUCAUACA